CAUAACAGACAAGAAGAAGAUAAGGUACUGUACUGCCUGCAGUGAAACAGAAGAAGCUAAGGCAGCCUUCCAAGAAGCAAAACCGACAGGCUCCUGUGCUUCAAGACAGAAGGUGCUGCGUAGGAAAAUGUCUUCUAGUAGGCAGCAAGGGUCGCGUUUUCAUUGGUUAACAGUUGCGCUGGCUGUACUUCUCCUUGAGGUUGCCACCUAUGCACACGCUAGUAAGAGUUUUGAAGAUAUCCGCUGCAAGUGCAUCUGCCCACCGUACAGAAAUAUCACGGGACACAUCUACAAUAGGAAUGUCUCCCAGAAAGACUGCAACUGCCUUCACGUAGUGGAGCCCAUGCCAGUGCCUGGCCAUGAUGUGGAGGCCUACUGCUUGCUGUGUGAGUGCAAGUAUGAGGAGCGUAGCAGCAACACCAUUAAGGUGACCAUCAUCAUCUACCUGUCAGUGGUGGGCUCCCUUCUGCUCUACAUGCUCUUCCUGCUGCUGGUGGAGCCGCUGAUCCGCAAACACGACUCCUACACCCAGCCCCUGCACAAUGAGGAGGACUCAGAGGACAUCCGCCCCCAGGUAGAUGGUGCCCAGGGCAGGGCCAACACUGUCCUGGAGAGGGUGGAGGGGGCCCAGCAGCGCUGGAAAAAGCAGGUUCAGGAGCAACGCAAGACUGUUUUCGACCGUCACAAGAUGCUCAGUUAGAAGGCUUCCUCGGACAGAUGGUGGGCCUGACCUGCAGGUCAUCACCUCCGGACUCGGCCGGGUUUAGCAUUGGCAUUAAUGUCGCUGUUUAUUCAGUACUCCACAACCAUUUCAAAGCCCUACCUGGUCACGUAUAGUAAUUGUAUUUGCUGUUGUACUUAGCGGUUUGCAUACGGAAUGCAGAAAUACAGGAUACAACAACAAUGAAAUGAUGGGGUAUGUUUCAAACAUUUUAAGGAGCCAUUUACGGCAUUAGGAGAUGUGGCCUAAAAAGCUUGUUUUGAAGAUCUCUGGAUAAAUAUGAAGCUAGCUGAGUCAUGUGAGUUGUUUUGAGCUUUUACAUUUACAAACUCUUACUGUGAGAAGCACCACAGAAGAUGCAUGUGGUACACGCUGGCCCAGUCCUCCUCAAAUCACUUGACAAUCCACACCCCUAUCCUAGCAUUAUUGUAUUUUUGAGCUAUGUCAGUUUAUGGAUAGGCUUUAUGCUUGUAAAUCCUAAAAGCGGAUUUCACGGGAUGUCCAAACGCUAAUUUGUUACCCAUGUUAUAAGCUAUGGCCUAGCCUCUCUCUCCCUAUUCCCUAGAGAGAUAAAGUACCCUACCCCUUGUAUAUCUUUUUUGUCCUCGCUGGGAGUUACAUCAGUCUUUAACUGGAACUGUGGUCUUGCUACAUCUCCCCUCACAUUCAUUUACUACUGAUGCACUCUCAUGUGGGGGUCCUCAUAACUACACUGGAUCACAAGUCACAUACUGCUUACAAACACCGGCUGUUGUGUUGUUACUCCUUGAUAUUGUGUUUUGCUGCAUUUAUGGUUCUUUUGAAUGAUUGUUGAAAUUGCUGUGAGUGUGCCUAUAUUUGAGGUUUUUAAAAUGCAUUUCAUCUGAUAUAUUUUACGUGUUUUGUUUUUUAUGUUGUGAAUUAUUUAUUACCUUGCUGCUAAAAUAUCUGUGGUUCAUGCUGAAUAUUGAAAAUAUCCAAUAAAAUCACCUUUGA